UCACACCCCCCAAUAUGAGAACCGCUGGUUUAAAGGAUGAGCAUCACUGAACUGAUUUACUGUAAUUGUGCAAAUGUGUCAUUGUAACGGCAUUGUGCAAUGAAAGGUAUCAUUCUUAUCAGUAUACCAAAGCAGUUUCACAACAGAGAUAUUUACAGGUGCCCUGUACUGUGUAAUAAUUAUGUGGCAAUGAUGUGAGCGGCUUUUUCAAAAGGUCUUGUCUGUUGUCAAAAGCUUCCAUAAGCUCAUUUGAAGGAAGAAACCAAUCAGCCCCACAAACUGCAUGUGCUCCGAUAUAAAACAGCUAGAUGACACUGCGCAUAAUGGAUUUUUAAAUAAGUCUUGUCAUAAUCGUUAUCUCACCCUAAAAACAGCCACAUUAUCUCCAUAUAUAUGGAAUUUCCUUUCACCUUACUUAAAUAUCAUAGGAUCACCUGUUUACAUCAAUUUACUAGCCAAGAUGGACAGUGACGGUUUGAUAGACAGUUCAAAGCACAGGAACAGCUGUUUCACUCAUACACAGAUGCCACAUUGAGUGAUUUGGUCCAUUCCUGCAGUGGGUCAUUGAUGCAGUCAUAUUGCUGAAGUCAAGUGUUCCUGUAGCUCAUUGCAUCAGCAAUACAAAGGAUUGUAGGUUCAAUCCCUAUAAAAUCGUAUAUACCUUCUAAUGCACUGUAAGUUGCUUUGGAUCUAAGCGUCUGCCACAUCCAUAACCGCCCUAUAAACACACAGAAGAGAAUCGUUGCAGUUUUUCUGGAUAAAAAGCAAAAUUGCAUUUAUAUUUUUCAACCCAUUUUAACUCUUUCCCCGCCAUUGACGAGUUAUCUCGUCAAUUAAGAGAAAACAUUUGCAUAAAAAACGUGUUUCUGAAGAAUUUUUAUGUUAAUGUGCAAUUAUCCACCGCGAUUAUCCACUAGAUGGCGCACUUACCCAAUUUAUGAAAAACUUAAGCCAAAACGUUAUUUACUCAUUUUAAACUCUGUGUAUGUUUUGAUAAUCAUCCUGAAUCUGAUCUCUAACAAAAUUCCUUCACAAAAAUGCAAUUAUUUUAACUUUUUGCUAAAAAAAAAUAUUUUUAAAGAAAAAUACCCAUAUUUAAGAGUUUAUAAGCAGAGAAAAAAUAUAGAUAGGAUGAAGAAAAGUUUUUUUCCCGUUUUGUUUGUUUGUUUGUUUGUUUGUUUGAAAGCAGAGGGUCUGUUCUUUCAUUUGAUAUAUUUGUAUGUUUUUACAUUUUUAAAGAAAUUUUUUCUUGUGAAAAUCACAAAAAAUACUGGCGGGAAACUUUUCAAAAAAUGGCUGGCGGGGAAUGAGUUAAUGAUUUACCAUCUACAUAAAAAAUUUAGCCUCAGUUAUUUUUCAAUUAGGAAUUGUGAACACUCUUCUUGUCAUUUAUUAAGCUUAAUAUCCAUUUUUUGGUUUUAUAUCCAAAUAAAUCACAGAUGCACAAUUUACUUGUAUAUUUAUUAGGCAGUCUUGCCCUCUUCAAUAUGGCAGGACCCAGGAUUUGGUGACCCGUAUGGUGUCUAUGUAUGUCUAUGGCUCCAUCCAAUUCUACAAUCUUUAAGCUGAGCCAUAACUGCAAUCUGGUUUCAUUUUUUUUUUUUUAUUAUUGAAUUCUGCAUUUCAUGCAACUCUUUCCCUGCAUAGUGUCAUUGGUUUUGAAUGUGACUGUUCUGUUUGGAGUGUCAUUCAUUAUUUGCACUUGGCAGACAUCAAGUACUGUACUGUAGGUUAAAACCACAGAUCCUUGUCUUCUACCGCUUUUGUCCUCAUUUCAGAUGUCUCGUUUUUUGUAGCCAUAACAAAAUAUGUCUUGAUUUUUCUAUUGUUUAACUAAUAUUCAUGCAUGCCUUUUUGUAUACCCUUUGCUUUUCUCUUCGUCGUACUGUUGGUUACCUAAUGGUAUGAGAAAAUGGUUUUUGCCUUAUAAGACAGAGAAAGACUUAAUUCAUUUGUUCUAUUGUACUUUUGUUUUUGUCUGUCUUGAAUGUGUGGUCAGAGUUAAAUUGAUGCUCGAAGACUGUUCAUCUAUACUGGUUCAUGGUUUAUCACGUCCAUGAAUAUCUUGUUUGGGGAGCAAGCCACCGAUCUGCAUGCAAGCUUUUGAACAAGCUGUUAUGCAACGGGGGUCUUGUCCAAGCAGGCUCCUUUGUUUUCUGCUUGUUUAUCCCAUGUUUGUUUUCAAGCAUUUGUAUGACGCCACCGCUGCUGCUGUCUACAGGUCUGGUUUGUCAGAGAAUAUCUCUCUCUCCAGGCUGACAUGUAAAGGAUUCUUAAAUAAACAACAUUAGUUUCCUGUAAAACUGUUGUACUGUUGUUGUUGUUUUGUGGAUGACAGCCUGUUGCUAUCACAAUGUUUGCAGGUCAGUUUUUCAUGGUUUAUUUUUGCUUAUAAAACUGGAAGUAACAUUCAAGCUUUUUAUCUUAACACGGGGUUCCCACGGUUUCUUGAAAUCCUUGAAAGUUUGUGAAUUUGGGGGAAAAUUCAAGGCCCUGCAUGGGAAGUUUUUGAAAAUAUACAUGCAUAGAUACAGAUCAUUGAAAGUGCUUGAAUCUAUUUUAUGCAAGACUUUUUCUUAUUCCCUGUGUAGUGUAGGAUAAUAUCAUAAUAUUUCUAGACUUUUUAAGCACACAUGCUAAACUGUUCACUUUAAAUGCUUAUAUCUUCUGUAUGCGAAUUUUGAUUCAUACCAAAAUGCUUUUUUGCAUAGUUGUGUUUCACACAUGAAAACGUCUCGGUUACGUAUGUAACUGUUAUUCACAGAGAAGGGAACGAGGCGCUGCGUCUCCCUUGCUAUACUUCCUGCGUCUCUGUAACGCCGUCUUUGGCAAUAUUUCAGAUAGUGAUAUACUUCCAGGCUCCCGCGUCACCCUGUCUUUGUCGUUAAGCCUCACCAUUGGUUGAAUUUGAUAUACACAUUCAUACGCGCUUACCCCUGGAGGCGUCCCCAAAGUGUCACCGCAGUGACACAGCGGGGGUUCCCUUGAAAGGGAACUGUAACAAUGUAUCUUAAAAGAUAACACAAUGUAACCUUUCUCUUACUUGAAAUGUGUCCCCACAUUUAGUCCUUGAAUUUGAGGGUAUUGGACCUAAGUCCUUGAAAGGUCCUUGAAUUUGAAGUUAACUAAGGUGUGGGAACCCUGUUAACAACUACUUUGGAUACACUGUCAGAAAAAGGUCCUUAACUCUCACUGGGACAUUAGUACCCUUUAAAAAGGUCCUAAUAUGCACUAUUUAGGUAGAAAUAUGUAUACCUUUGGUACCAGUAUACAUUUGAGUUACGAAUAUUCACUGUUUGCUCCCAAUACCUCUGAGGUACUAAUAUGAACUCUUUAGGGGGUACAAUAAAGGUAUACUUUUUGAAAGGGUAGGCCUACCGCCUCAGUGACAGCUAGGGACCUUUUUUCUUUUUCUAGAUAAACCACACUCCUCAGUUAGCAUUUACACGCAUGUAAUCGUGUCUGGGCUACAUGCAGCAAGUGGUUUUUACUAUUUGUUAACUCGCCGUAACAAACCAGCGCACAUGCAACUAACACACAUGUAUUUUGAGUGGUAUGUUUAUUCAAAUCUGUUUAUGCAAUUUACACAAAGACCUUGACUGCUAGGAUCAGUAAGAAUAGUCGAAAGGCCAAGUAUGGCUUAUGUGUCUCGAAAUGCAGGUUUUAAUUCAAUAGGUGUCACUCACCUACCUGUUGCCCUCCUGCUUAGAGAUUAGUGCUGUUUAAUUUCACAGAUGCAGAUGGGCUUGGGUAAGAAUGAUUAAGUAAAUAAGUAAUCUGGGCUGUAGUAUAUAUAGUUGUUGUGGAUUUUGUAUCACCGAUGAAGAUGGGACAGGCUGCGACCUUGCCCUGCAGAAAAGGUGGUACAUAUGUCACCGAGCUUCAUGAAUGGUUCAGGAAAUUUCUGAAUGAGUGUCCCAGUGGACAGAUCACCCUCCAUGAGUUCAGACGUCACUUCUGCAAUGGCACUGUGGGAAAAGAGUCGGCGGAGUAUGCGGAGCAGAUAUUCCGCACGCUGGAUAACAAUGAGGAUGGGGUUGUGGACUUCAGAGAGUAUGUGACAGCUAUUAGUAUGCUUAUUGAGGGCUCAACAGUGGAAAAGCUUCGCUGGUCCUUUAAACUCUAUGACAAAGACAAAGAUGGAGCCAUAACACGGUCAGAGAUGCUUGAAAUCAUGCAGGCUGUGUACAAAAUGAGUGUAGCAGCAUCACUGACCAAACCUGAUCCAUUGACUGCUGAAGAGUGCACCAAUAGGAUAUUUCAACGGCUGGACAAAGAUAACAAUGCUGUAAUCAGUCAAGAGGAAUUCAUUGAAGGGGCAUUGAGUGACGAAUGGAUCCGAGAGAUGCUGGAGUGUGAUCCAAACACAGUGAAGAUGGAGAGGCCUCUGAAAGGGCACACAGUACUCUAAACUAGGGGUUUGCCAAUAUUGAAAACACAACAAAAGUUUUUUUCUUUUUUUAAUUGAUUAGUUUUAUUUUCAUCGUCAUUUUAUUAAUGAUAUUUAUUGCAAAAUCUAAAUAAUUUAUGAUAUAUCAUAUCAAAAUCAUGGUCACUGCCAGAGAUAAAAACAUAUAUUUUCAAUAUCUUCACUACUGCUGAUGUAUCAUAAAUGAAUACAAUAAAACAACAAUAUGCAUUAUGUUUUUAUUUUAACCCGAUGUUUAGGAAGGUAUUAUUUGUAAAUCAGUAAUUAAACUUUGCUUGACUAUACAUUUUACUCAUGCCAUUGUCUAUGCUAACAUGCAAACUCUAAAUAGCUAAAUAGUUGUUUUAAUGACAUAUUAAUUUAAAGCUGUUUUCAGUAUGCCAUGUCAAAAGUUUGCUAGCCUGCCAGUCAUUGGAAAGAAGCUACUGGGUACAGUUGUUUAUCAGUCUUGCAAUGUAUAUGAAUUUUGUCUAAGUUUAUUAUAAAACUAUUUAUAUAACUGUAAGAAAUAAAGAUAUGAUCAUGUA